AUGGCUCCAAAGGGAACUGCAGCUGAUAAGAAGGCAAAUGAUAAAGUUGCAGAUAAUAAAAAGGACAAGCCAGAGUCGGGAAUUCCAGAGGAAAAUGAGUUGAAUGAUGAGGACAGAGAACUCAAGGAAGAGCUCAACCUUUGCGUCACCCGACUGACAGAAAAUGACGAGACCUUGUACAAAGGCGCCCUCGAAAUCCUCCGCUCCAAAAUCCGAACUGCCACUUCCUCCCUCACCAGCGUGCCCAAGCCCCUCAAAUUCCUUCGCGAACACUACGAAACCAUCGUCGCCGCUUAUGAAAAAAUGAAGGGUGAGGGCAACCGACUCCUUUGCGCUGAUGUUCUUUCUUGUUUGGCAAUGGUUAUGUCCGAGAACCGCGAUUGCUUGAAAUACAGACUUGUCGGCCCAACAGAAGGUGUUGGCGAAUGGGGACACGAAUACAUCCGCCAUCUAGCGGGAGAAGUCGCCGCUGAAUGGACAGAACGAACUGCCGAAAACCCCGAAGCAGAUGUGGAAGACCUUCUUCGACUCGUUAACAUCAUCCUCCCCUACGACAUGACGCACAACUCCGAAACUGACGCGGCCGACAUGCUCAUGGAAAUCGAACGACUCGAUUUGCUCGUCGAAGCGUGCGACACAAAAUCCUACAAAAAGGUCACUCUUUAUCUCAAGUCCUGCGUUCCCUACACCCCUGAUCCAGAAAACACCACUCUUCUCAAGACGGCAUUGGCGAUUUACCUCAAGUUCGAAAAGUUCACAGAAGCGAUGUUCGUCGCCCUUCAACUCAACGACGAAGAUGUCAUUUUAGACAUUUUCGAUCGAUGCAAGGACAAUUCUAUUCUCAAGCAAUGCUGCUACAUUCUCGGCCGACAGCAGCGAUUCGUUGAUCUUCCAGAGAAACUUCCAGACGUUGAUGACCUUGCUGAGACCAUGUCCAACUCCCAUCUCUCCGGCAACUUCCUCGGGCUCGCCAGAGAACUGGACAUCAUGGAGCCAAAGAAACCGGAAGACAUCUACAAGUCCGACCUAGACAAGUUCACCAGCAACAUCGAUUCCGCCCGCGCCAACCUCGCCUCUUCCUACGUCAACGGCUUCGUCAACUGUGGAUUCGGAACUGACAAGCUUCUGACAACUGACACAGACAGUUCUGGCAGCAACAGUUGGAUCUGGAGCAACAAGGAUCACGGCAUGAUUGCUGCGACGGCUUCUCUUGGCUUGAUCCUCCUCUGGGAUGUCGACAAUGGUCUUGUUUCUAUUGAUAAACAUCUUUAUUCCGCAGAAGAUAAGAUCAAGGCUGGAGCUUUGCUGGCAUGUGGAAUUGUCAAUGCUGGAAUUAGAAACGAGUGCGAUCCCGCCCUUGCGCUCUUAUCAGAUUAUGUCACCUCAAGCUCGCUGGUAAUCCGCCGCGGAUGCGCUCUCGGUCUUGGUAUUGCCUACUGCGGCUCCAACAGAGAUGAUGUUAUCCAGAUUCUUCUCCAGCAGUUGCAUGACCAAAAGUCGAGCAUGGAAGAAAUUGGCUGUUGUGCUCUUGCACUUGGUCUUAUCGCUGUGGGAAGCUGUAAUGGCGACGUUACUACAGCCAUUCUUCAAAUUCUUAUCGAAAAGUCCGAGUCCAAUCUCAAGGAAACGCACGCUCGUUUCCUCGCCCUUGCACUUGGCCUCUGCUACUUGCAAAAACAGGAUCUUGUGGAAACGAUUAUCGCCGCGUUGGAAGUCGUUCCUGAGCCACUUAGAAGCUUUGCCACGAUUCUAGUUGAAGUUUGCGCAUAUGCGGGCACUGGCAACGUGCUCAAGAUUCAGAAGAUGCUCCAUGUUUGCUCUGAAAAGCCGGAAGAAAAGGAAGAGGACGAGAAGGAGAAAGAGAAAGAAAAGGAGAAGGAAAAAGAUAAAAAAGAAAAGAAAAAGGAGAAAAAAGAAAAGGAUCGAAAAGAUGGUCGACUUCACAAGCAAGCUAUUGCUGCGAUCGGUGUUGCUCUCAUCGCCAUGGGCGAAGACAUUGGAUCCGAAAUGUCCUUCCGAACAUUUGGCCACCUCCUACGAUACGGAGAACCUCCUCUUCGCCGAGCAGUUCCACUCGCCAUCGCCUUGACUUCAAUUUCAAAUCCACAAAUGAACAUUAUCGACACUCUUUCUAAGUUCUCCCACGACUCUGACGCCGAAGUCGCAUACAAUUCGAUCUUUGCGAUGGGUCUCUGUGGAUCGGGAACGAACAACGCUAGAUUGGCGCAAAUGCUCAGGCAGCUUGCUCUGUUUUACCAAAAAGAUGCUAAUGCACUUAUGAUGGUCAGACUUGCCCAAGGUCUCGUUCACUUGGGAAAAGGAACGAUGACGUUGCAGCCCUUCCAUUCGGAUCGAACUCUUCUCAACGUAUCAUCCGCUGCUGGUUUAAUUUCGACAGUUGUUGCUGCUCUUGAUCCAAAGGGACUUCUUCUCGGAAAGCAUCAUUAUCUUUUAUAUUCCAUUGUUCCAGCUAUUCAGCCCCGAUUAUUGGUCUGUCUGGACGAGGAUAGCAAACCAAUGCAAGUUUCUGUCCGAGUUGGUCAAGCUGUUGACGUCGUUGGUCAGGCCGGUAAGCCGAAGACUAUCACUGGCUUCCAAACGCGAACGACUCCCGUCCUUCUCAGCUACGGUGAACGAGCGGAACUGGCGACGGACGAAUAUAUUCCCCUCUCGCCUGUUUUAGAAGGCUUUGUGAUGCUGAAAAAGAACCCCAACGCUAUGGACACUUCCGAAAACAAUUAA